AUGAGUAUUCAAUUGGAUAUCAUAAUGAGGCCAGAGAUUCGAUUAGAUGCAAAAUGGCUUAAAACAGAUUUGAAACUUUUACUUUAUCGAGAUGGUUUAGCAGAACUUUGGAAUGAAAUGGUACGAGAUGGUGAAAUUGUGGGUUCUUUUAGCGAUGGCUUAGUUAAUGCAGCUGGCAUAAUAGCUAGGAAAGGUAAAAGUGGCCAUUAUUAUUGCAACAUGGGUGUAUUAAAAUGUUUUUGUUGCAAUGGAAUUUGUGGUCCACAACAAGGUUGCAAUUGUGGACCAUGUCAAAAAUUAGAUGAAGAAGAAGCAGCAAGAACAAGCUCAAAUCUAGAAAAAAGUGUAAUAGCUGAACAUAUAAUGGAUUCCUGGCUUUGGGGUUCGCAACCAUCUACUUGUGAUUUAACAACAUGUAUUAAUUUGCUAAUCAAGGAGCAAAGAAAAUUAUGCUAUGAAGUUGCAAACAGUACUUUGUCUGCUACACGAUUGAGACAACGUUUGGUUGUAGCACGACGAUAUUUUACGGCUCUGUCUCGUCAUAAACCACAGGAAAUUAAAGAUAAUUCAUCAGCACCGAAACCUACUACUAAGUUACAAAAAAUCGUAAGACCGAAUGAGAAGCCAACAUUGGGUUUAGCACGUGUGGGAUCUCGUGCAGCAUUAAAUUUUUCAUUUGCAUAUUUAAGACGAGCGUGGAGAUCUGGAGAAGAUAUAGAAUUUUGUAGUGAGCUUUUGUCUGAGUCGCUAGAAGCUUUACAAUCGUUACCCGAAGCUACGCUUUUCAAUGAAACUAAUGUUUCUCAAGUAUGGUUAGAAGUAGUGGAACGAUCAGCAAAAUUUUUGAGACAAGUUGUUACAGGGGAUAUAGUUAAUGAAAGAUCACGGUAUCCUAUUCCAAUAACUGAUCAGCAUACAGCUCUUUGUUUGUUACUAGAAUUAGUAACACAGAGAGCUACAUUGUCAAGUUUAUUAGAUUCAGUUUGUCUGUUACUUCAUUUAAGUAGUAAACAUAAGCAUCAAGAUAACCGGGUAAUGCCACCUGGGAGCACAGCACCAUUGAUACCACUGCUGAGACGGUUAAAUAUGAUACCAGCUUCUAAAUCAAGGCGAACAGACAUGAACUUUACACCAGGUCCUUGUGAAGUUUUACUCAAAUAUUUGAGACUUCCUGAAGAUGAUUCCACAUCUGUAGAUUUACGAAAAGCUGCGGUUAUAAUAAUGUGCAAUUUGAGUAGAUUAGCUACUCCUCUUCUACCUCCUAUUAUUACUGAUAGAUUUCAGAAAAAUCAGAAUCAAACGUUUCAAGAAGUUUUAGCUUGGGGAAGCGUAAAAUUUGGUAAUGGAUCCUCGCCAUUUUAUUGUGAUGCGAUUGCAGAGCUUGGCAUUAAACAGCUUUGUUGUACAGAGAGGGCUUUGAUGAUUCUUUCAAUAAACGGGAAUGUUUAUAUGAUGUAUUACGGUUCAGAAACCCAAUAUCUUCAAAGAGUGUAUGGAUUUUCAGAGAAGCCGGUUAUAAUGAUCGCUUCUCAUGCAGAUGGUAGCCACUAUUUGGCUUUAACACAAGAUAAUUCUGUUUAUUCAUGGGGGAAUGGUGAUGAUGGACAACUAGGUCAUGGAGACAGAGCAUGGUAUGAUGAACCAAAGCUAAUCGAGGCAUUAGCUGAGGAGAAUAUUGCAUUUAUAACGUGCGGAAGUACAUAUUCAGCAGCUCUUAGUUCGAACGGUGAAUUAUACACUUGGGGAAGAGGGAGUUACGGAAGAUUGGGUCAUGGACAUAUAAACAAUGUUCCGAUUCCCGUAUUAGUGACUGCUCUAAAUGGACAUAUGGUUGUAUAUGUGGCAUGUGGAAGUGGAGAUUCUCAAACGUUAUGCGUUACAGCGUCGGGUAUAGUAUUCUCUUGGGGUGAUGGUAAUUAUGGUAAGCUUGGUAGAGGGAGUUGUAAUGGAUCUAAGACCCCAAAGAUAGUUGAUAAAUUGUUGGAUAUAAACGUGGCAAAGGUAUAUUGCGGUGAGCAAUUUUCUGCAGCUUUGACUGCAUAUGGUGAAGUUUAUACUUGGGGACAAGGAAAAGCUUAUCGAUUGGGACAUGGAAAUGAAGAACACAUUAGAUAUCCAAAAGUGAUUGAAACAUUGAAAACGAAAAAGGUAAAAGAAUUAUGCAUAGGAAAUUUGUAUGUAUUGGCGUUGACGGAAGAUCAGUUGGUAUACGGAUGGGGUAGAAACGAUUAUGGUCAAAUUGAUCCAGCAUUAGGCACCGUUGUGCCUGAACCGACUCUUUGUCCGACAUUGUCUGGAAAGAACGUGAUCGGUUUAGCUUGUGGACCAACACAAAGUUUUGCAUUGUGUACAUCAGCGUGGUCGAUUGCGAAUAGGGUAGCUUUUGUCGUAGAUAUUUGCGAGGAGACCUUUCGAUUAUUGGAUACAUUGCUAAAUAAGGCAUGCGAAGGAUUACCAGGCACUCGGCCACCUACCCAGGAUCGUGAGUGUUUAGCAGUUGCCACAUUAAAUUUGAUUCGAUUACAACUACAUACCAUGAUAACUCACAAUAUCGACGGCAAAUCAGUUGGAUUAGCCAAUACUCCGUUAUUAAACUCUUUGAAGCAGCGAUGUGUUAUGCUUGCAAGCAACUCCGGUAUUCUAGUGACUAUUCAAGAAGCAGCCCAAGCUGUUUUACAAACUGGCUGGAGCAUUUUAUUGCCUACAGCAAAUGAACGUGCAAAAACAUUAUCAAAUUUCUUGUCGAAAGCAAAUUGUGGUAAUUUCGAACAAAUACACACUAACAACGGUCAACAAUUUAUGGCAGAUUUGCUAGUUUCUAGCUUAAUGGCAGAUGGUGGUCUGGAAUUAGCGUUAAAGACUGCGGUAAAAGCAGAAAUGAGCGAACUCGCUGAUGAGAAGGAAUUUCUCGUGAACAACAACGCGAAUAAAUCAACUGAUACGAAACAGACAAAAGAAUUAAAUUCAGAGAAAAAUAACACGAGUAUAUCAUUACUGCAAUUAGUGAAACAGUUGAUUAAGAACGGCACCUAUAUUACACAAUCCAGAUUACUGGUUUCUCAGCAGUUACUUCGCAAUUAUGAGGAGCCGCGAAGAAACGACAAUUCUCCAAGUUUAAAUCUUCUUCUAAAAUUUCAACGAUUACUAAUUGCUCAAGUAUACGAGUGUAUCAAUGAUAUUGGAACGAAAAAGUUACGCGAUCAGGAAAUGCUUGGAGCAGAGUCGCUUCUGAAGAAAUAUCUCUCGCAGAUCUGUGUUCACGUAACCGAUAUUAUGUCAUUUGCGGCCGAGUUAGCUAAUACCAGUAUUAAGCAGUUCGCAUUCGUUAGUACUAUUCUAAAAAGUGACGUGAUUAAUGUUUUGUUACCUGAACUUGUCACUUGCCUUAUUUUGUUGCAACUCGACUAUCCAUUAUUAUUGCUUAAUAUGAAUUGGAUGGAGAUAAUAACACCAAUGUUGGACGCGCUCGAUCGAUUUAACAAAUUAGUACCAACAAUUGAGAGAAACGAGACAGAUGAUCUGUCUUGGCCAGGCAUUAUAGCUCCACAACAUAGCAAUAAAAUGUCAAUUUCAGAUGAGCCUUCGGCUAUUCGUUGGGCUGAUUUGGAAAAUCACAAUCGCGAUGGUGGCCUUUGGGUCGUAGUGAAUAAUAACGUGUACGAUGUUCAAGAUGUUCGACUUGAUGGAAGAUCAAACUCACUGGAAGGUCCUCAGCGAACUGUUACUGGUUGGGAAGGAUCUGGUGCUGAGAUGAACAUCAUGCGUGGUCAACUACCACGAAAUAUAAUGGACUCUUAUUUUGUUGGUCAUUAUUGUAAUUCCGAGCCGGAGAAUACUGAGAUUACGAUUGACGUAAUGGAUGUAUGUUCCUGUUUGCUUGACACAGAAAGAGCUUUAGGUUUUCUUUUAGGUUUACAUGCUCAUCGAAUGCGGCAGAGCUUACCGUUACAAACUGCUGAAGAGGAAGCCGGUCGUUGGUUAAAUGCAAAUUUUUUUAGAGGUGGAUUGCAAGUUUUACAACCGCCGAAUCCUUACGAAGAGGAGAAAGGAGAAGCUAGGAGUAAUACAUCAACGGCCGCAAAUUCACCGACUGAACCUCCGCUUCCUAUUCGUACUAAAAAUGAGUUACAAAAAGAACGACGAGAGGACGAUCGAGUUACGGCGUUCAUCUAUGCCCUUGCCGAGACUCACAGAACGGAUGCACAGGUUCAUUCUUUUUUAACAAUAGUCGACAAAUAUUCAAAAGCGAACAAUCUUUUAGCGCAUACUGAGUUUUGCGGUGAUGAUCCAGUUGAAGAAGUUAGUCGACUUUUAAUGGCGGUUAUAAUAAAGCAUCUUGCUUUAGGCUAUCAGGCAAUAAAUCUGAUAGAUCAUCAAGAAACAGGAAAUGAAAAUGGCCCAAAACUCACGAAGCAAUUGGCUGAAGUGAUUAGAGCGAUUCAUCAAACUAAAUGGAAUUUAAUUAGAAUUAGGCAACAGCAGAACAGAAGUUACAAGGAGGUAUGUGCUCCUGCACAAGAGAAAUGUAGAUUUCUUUUGCAUGAGGUAAGAUCCGCGACUAGUUAUGAAAUCAAAGGAUUACAAGAUUUGAAAUUGUUGUACAAUAUGGCAAAGUUUCGGAAAACCGUUAAAAUGGUGAUCAGAGAUAUUCGAAGAAAUAGGGAUUCACCGAGUAAACCAGAAGACAUAUUGAACGCAUCGAUACAGAAUGCGAAAUUGAAGAAUAAAUUCGAUGAAGAAACGUCGGUAACGCCAAUAGCAACGAUAACGGCAACGGCGUCAACGGUAAUAACAUCAACAGUGAUGACGAUAGUGACAACAAGCACGACCACGCCCACAUCGACGUCAAUGACCACGAUGUCAAUGACCACGACAACGACGAUGGCGACGACGACAACAACAAUGCCAAUGCCGACGUCGACGCCAAAGCAGAUGCAUAUGCCAAAACUAACACGGACGUCAACGACAAUGCCGACACCGACAUCGACACCGACACCGACACCGACGCUAACGCCGACGCCGACGCCGACAACGAUUACGAUGAAUAUAUCAACACCGACGCAGAUGUUAACUACAAUCUCGACUACGACACCAAUUUCGGCACAAAAAGAAGUAAACAGCAAACACUCAUUAAAUUCGUCGAGAUUGGAGAAUUUAUCAGGUACUAAAAAAACAUUUGCUAGGGUUACUGAAAAAAUAAAACACAAAACUUUGAGUAUCGAUUCGAGUGAGCUGAUGGCCAAUAUCAUAAAUUUUGUGAUUACUGAGGACGAAGGAGACGUCGAAACUCUACGUCGAGCAAUGUAUUGUCAGAUGCAGCGUGCAAAGUUGCGCGAACAAGGAAUCCUUAUGAUGCAACACUUGCUUAAGAAAGAUUAUUUAAUAACAUCAGUGAAGUAUUCGUUAUUAAACGGUUGGCUUGGUUUGUCUCAUGAAAAUAAAUCUUUAGCUGAUGGAAUAACGCAUUGUCUUGAAAAAAUUCAAUCAGUAACUCCAUAUCAAAAGUCAAAGAUUAUUUUGGCUGAAUCGGAGGUAACUUCUUGGGCGGUACAGGCUUUACGAACGCACGUUAUUCAAGCAGAAUUACCGAACAAGCCAAAGGUUAACGAUAAAAGUAGUUUGAAUCAAGGGACAUAUACUUGGUUACGGAAGUUGCCUAGAGCAAGGUUCUUACUGACAAUAUUGGGUAUGUUAACUAAUUAUCAGCAUGCGAAUGAGAUUGGUUUAUUAAUCAAUUCUGGCUGCGUAUCGAGUAUUUUAACAUUGCUUAGGCAAAUAGGACCAUCGACGUCUAUAGAUACGGAUGUUGUUACGGAUAUGGACGUGGAUGCAAAACCAAAGGAUGCUCCAGUGAUGGUCAUAUAUGAGGACAGCCUAGAGAAAAGUAAACCACAGAGUGUUCAAUUAACCGGUGUCGAAUUGGCAGCUUUGAUGAAAAUUGGUACAAGGGUAGUACGCGGCGUUGAUUGGAAAUGGGGUGAUCAAGAUGGUCCUCCACCGGGCGAAGGACGAGUAAUCGGGGAACUUGGCGAAGAUGGAUGGAUUCGUGUGCAAUGGGACAACGGCACUGCCAAUUCGUAUCGCAUGGGCAAGGAAGGAAAGUAUGAUUUAAAGCUGGCUGAACCACCAACACCGCCCGAGACCGAUAGCGACAUUGAUUCAGCGCCGCAGGAUCUGGCUAAAGUCGAUGUUGAAAAUAAUCUCAUGGAUGUCCAUCCAACUACUUGUCUAAAAUCUGCUUCUGUUACUGUGCUCCGCAUUCUCCUACUUUGUUGUGGCAUUGAGGCUGAUAGAGUGAUCCCAUCCGCCAUAAAGAUACUCGCUUCUGUGUUACGUGGUAUCAUAUCCUCUGCGUACAAGCCUGACUUUAACACACACUCGCAACUCGCGAAGGAGCAUCAUAAAACUUGGGCAACUCUCGGCUUAUUAAGAGCGAUUGCCAAGUCUACGGAACUUUGUAAAUCUUUGAGCACGAAGCCGUGGAUCGAUUUUCUCUUGAACAUAAUAGCCGAACAAAGGAAUCCAGAUUUGGAGAAACAGAUCAUGGCAGUACGUUUACUCAUCGCCGUUCUUCCCUCUUGGUCAGCCGACAGUCCUAGCCAGAUACCACUUCUUGAAAAAAUCUUUCGUAUAUUGGGGCACAUUGCACUUAGUUGCGAUUUGGGUAUUAUCUCUGAACUCUAUUCGAAUAAAUGUCGCGUCUCAUUGACCGCUUCUCACAGUUCCACUGUGGUUGAAGAACUUGUUUCGUUGAUUAGAUAUCUACAUUCUCUUUCAAAAUGGAAUGCGUCUUUGAAUGUUUUCCUCACCUCAAAAUUAUCACUUGCCUCUGAUUUAUUAAGUGAUGGCCCGUUAUUUCAUAUACAAUUAAAUGAGAAUGGUGGAGAAAACAGCGUAAACAUACAAGAUACGGUGAUGGCGGCUCUUAUCGUCAUUGGAGGACUUGAUGAUAGGCCAAGGAUUGGUGGUCUGGUUGACGUCGAUGGGCAGGUCGGGACUAUAUGCAAAUUUACCAAACACUCGAAGGUUAUCGUACAGAUACAUAACGAUCAUAACAUUGAUACACGUAAGAAAGUUCCAUUUUUUGGGGUGAGACGGCUUUCCGAGAAGUUUCGUUUAGAUCGAAUGCCACUGCCCGACUCUUUUAUCUCCAUUUGGGCAAAUUUAUUACUAGGCCAUCGAGGAAUGGACAAAAGACCGAACGGUAUGCCGAUAAUAGCUGGCUUGGUAAACGCAUCUAUUCUACGGAAUCAGCAGCAACAACUCGCUGCAUUGAAUGCUGGAAAGACUAUGUUAGAUUAUCAAACGAAGUUACGAAAGAUACUGAAAUACGUGAUUAACAGCACUAGCGGCGGCAACAACAACAAUAAUAAUAAUAACAAUAACAACAAUCAUAAUCACAAUCACAAUAAUAACAACAAUAACCAUUAUCACAAUCAUCACCACCGGCAUUAUCAUCACUAUUACCACAACGAUGAACAUAUUGAUGAGGAAAGCGUCUGUGAAGUUGAUGACCAAAAAUGGAACAAGGAGGUAGUUAAAUGUGCUGUUACAGUUGACCAUACUGACGGUGAUAACGACGAGAAUAAUGAUAACAACGAUGACGAUGAGGAGAAUGACGAAGAUGACCAUGAUAAUCUCCGAGCUAGUGUAGUCGACAGUGCCAGAAAUAAUGGUAACAAUAGUAGUAACAAGAAUAAGAACAACAAUAACAAUGACAAGUUAGAAAAUCGUGGUGGCGGUAUUCGAAAUCACGAAUGUGUCGACGGUAACGUCAUCAACAUAGAUAUCGAUAGUGAAGAUAAUUACGAGGAUGGUACUAAUAGCAACGCCGAUGGUAGAGAUAAUUGUCGCAGCAGACGAACAACUUUAUUCCAAGAGAUGCUUGUACGAGCUACAAGACCGCAACCAUUGAAACCUAUAUUCAAACGUAAGGAAUUAGAAGAAGCUGCGCUAGCAGUUUCUCAAUAUUUAGCCUCUGAACUGAGACACUCUCCGAUUCGAGGGACAACGACGAUGAUGACAGGAAUAGCGUCAGUAUCAGCCUCUGUGUCUGCGUCAGCAUUAGUAUCAGCAUCAGCAUCAGCAUCAGCAUCGGCAUCGGCAUCGGCAUCGGCAUCGGCAUCGGCAUCAGCAUCAGCAUCAGUAUCGGCAUCGGCAUCAGCGUCAGCGUCGGGAUCUGCGUCAGCAGCAGCUGUAGUAACAGCCGUAGGUCCAUUCUCGGAACCUGAUUCCCCAGCAUCCGAUUGUUCUUUAAUAUCAUUAACAUCUAGUCAGAGGAAACAUUGCAAAAGCAGCGGAAGGAAAAGCCCUUCGCCAAUGAGUCCCCUAGUCGCACAGUUAACGGAAAUGGGUUUUCCAAAGAAAAGCGUGGAAUUUGCGAUCAAAAGUCUAAGCACGGCCGUUGGUUUUCUCACAGCAGAAAAUGUCGUUGCUUGGCUUCUUGAAAAUUCGGAUGCUGCAUUGAGUGACAGCGAAACAUUAUCGAGCGUUUAUGGAUUAUCGGAUCCCGAGGACUCGACGAGCGAAAAUAUUGAUGAAUCUCCGUCGACACACGAUGCUGUUCCCUCUUCAAUGAUACCACCAAAUUACAUGAAACGUUCUGAUUUUUUAUCAGUUGAUGAAUACGCGAUCUACGUGAGGGACAAUCUAAUACCGGGUAUGCUUGUACGAUGUUGUAAAAGUUACGAAGAAGUGGAAUACGGGGAUGUUGGUCAGGUGAUAAAAAUUGAUUCCGAAGGUUUAUAUGAUUUGAACGUUCAAGUCGCGUGGCAACGUAAAGGUGGUACAUAUUGGGUAAGAUUCAUUAACAUUGAACUUCUUGGUCAUCCGCCAACAAUACCAGGACCAGCCACGCUGAAAAUUGGCGACAAAGUUAGAGUGAAAGCGUCAGUGACCGUACCCAAGUAUAAAUGGGGCUUGGUAAACCAUCAAAGUGUUGGAAUGGUUAAAGCUAUAAUAAACAAUGGGAAAGAUGUGUCAGUCGAUUUUCCGCAGCAAAGCGGUUGGACUGGCUGUGCGAUGGAAAUGGAACGAGUGCCUUCCUGUCACCAUUCGGUCUCGUGUAAUUCUUGUCACCUGUUACCGAUAUCCGGUCCUCGUUUCAAAUGUAAGUAUUGUGAGAGUUACAAUCUUUGCGAAAAUUGUUUUUACACGAAGCGGUGUCAUCGGCACGGGUUCAAUCGAAUCGCGGAGCCUGGUUCGGCAGCUGUAUACGCUGGCAAGCCGGGAAGGUAUCACAGGCAAGAUUACACGGAAUCAUCCUUGAUCGAUGACUGGUCAAAAUGCAUACGAACAUUGAGCGUUUCUUCGCGAGAGAGAUGGGCAACACGGCUGGUCGAUGGAUCUGGUCUUUAUUGGCAAAGUUACGGUUAUCAGGGAAAGCACUGGAUUCGUCUAGAAAUAUUGCCAGGUAUACUAGUGCAUUCUCUAAAAAUAAUGGUGAAUCCACAAGAUAGUAGUUACAUGCCAUCGUUAAUAGCGGUAAAUGUUGGCGAAUCGUUCAAUGGUUUGGUAGAACUGGCAACGAUUAGCGUACGACAUACCGACACGUGUGUUCUUUUACUCCAAGAUAUGAAGGAAUAUUAUCCAUGUAUCGAAAUAGCGAUAAAACAAUGCCAAAACGGAGGGAUAGAUUGCAAAAUACGAGGUCUCCAAAUAAUCGGCAAAAGAAAAGUAUUCGAGAAUCAACUAGCAACAUCCAUUUCGUUUCUAGCAUCAGACUGGGAGAUAGUUCAGGAACAAAUGAACUCACAGCGCGGCUUAGAACCGCCACCACAGCAUUCGGCCGUAUACGUUUGGGGAUUGAACGAUAAAGAUCAACUCGGUGGGCUAAAAGGAUCAAAAAUUAAACUACCAGUUUACAGUGAAGUUCUCUCGAAAUUGAAACCUGUUCACAUAGCCGGUGGCAGUAAAACUUUAUUCGUGGUAAGUCAGGAAGGGAAACUGUACGCUUGUGGAGAAGGCACGAAUGGUAGACUUGGACUCGGAGACGAUAGCAAUGUAUGCGAGCCAAAGUCUAUCCCGUUCUUGAAUCAAUACGUGAUCAAAAAAGUGGCUGUACACUCGGGUGGAAAGCAUGCGUUGGCUCUCACUCGGGAUGGUAAGGUUUUCUCUUGGGGCGAAGGUGAAGACGGUAAACUGGGUCACGGGAAUUCCGUCUCUUUGGAUAAACCAAGAUUGAUCGAAUCAUUAAAGUCGAAGAGAGUACGAGACAUAGCAUGCGGAUCCGGUCACUCAGCUGCCAUAACCAGCAGCGGAGAAUUGUACACAUGGGGACUAGGCGAGUACGGAAGAUUGGGCCACGGCAACACUGCGUCGCAAUCAAAACCAAAAUUGGUGCAAUCUCUAGUUGGUCAGCGUGUGAUACAGGUUGCAUGCGGUAGUAGGGAUGCACAAACAAUGGCACUGACAGCUGACGGAUCGGUUUACUCUUGGGGUGAUGGAGAUUUUGGUAAACUCGGCCGAGGAGGUAGCGACGGUUGUUAUACACCCCUCCUAGUCGAUCGAUUAAACGGUUUAGGAGUUGUACAGAUCGAAUGCGGUGCUCAGUUUUCCCUUGCAUUAACUAAAUACGGUGAAGUAUGGACCUGGGGUAAAGGUGAUUAUUUUCGGCUUGGUCACGGUAACGAUCAUCACGUUCGAAAGCCAAUGCUGGUGGAAGGACUUCGUGGUAAAAAGGUGAUACAUGUAGCUGUUGGUGCUCUUCAUUGCUUGGCGGUAACAGAUACCGGACAAGUAUACGCAUGGGGUGAUAAUGACCAUGGUCAACAGGGAAACAGUACAACAAUCGUUAACAAAAAACCAUCCUUGGUACAUGAACUUGACGAUAUGAGAGUAAAUCGGGUGUCGUGCGGUUCUAGUCACAGUAUCGCUUGGGUCUUAACCGAUCAACCGGCAACCAACAAUCAAGAACCUGUUACAUUUCCAACUGCGAAAGAUCCACUCGGUCAAACGUCACUUAGAUUCAAAAGUAGCACCAUCAGCAGCACGGAAAAAGAUUUGAGCAUCUACCCGACUUCCUCUUAUUCGAAAACAUCUACCAUGCUACCUGCAAACAGUAGCGACACUGUUAGUACAGGUGACACAAUUAUUAGCAAUUCCAUCCCUUCCUCUGGUAACAGACCUUCCCUUUCGAGUAUUAUUCUAUCUUUGGACUGUAACGUAGCGAAGCAACAAGCAUUGCAGCAUGUAAUAAAUGCCCUUCGUAUAAUACAAGCUCGAAUCAUUGUUGUUACGGCAUUACAAAGUCACUCGAUGUUAAAGGCGGUUGGCAAUGGUGGUGUCGGUGUCCGCGUCGGUAUUGGCAAUGGUAAUAGCUUUUUGAUGACAGAAACGAUAGUGCCGGACGGAACAGUUGCCGGAUCAAGUGCCACUGGAGGAGGGCAUACUCAUGUUUAUCAGAAUGUGGGAGAUAGCGCACAGGGUGGUGGAGAAGCACCAGCGAAUGCGGCAGAACUCGUUAAUCUAGUGAACAAUAGUCCACGGACAAGUCCUGAAUCUGAGGAUUAUCCAUUAACCACAGUUUUUCCUUCGAUGUCCAGUUCAGCUAGUUUGUCCUCACGCGCUUCAAAAAUGUCGAGCAGCGCAAUGAGCGUGAUCGCGGCGACUCUCACCUCUAAUGCGCAAAUAGUCGGCGAAGGAAUCUCCGCAGAUCCGAUCUUGGACGAUUUUACAUGCACGUUAACUGAGGAUGAUGCCAGAAUGCUGGUUGAUCUAUUGAAAUUAGCCGUUGCCAAUCGAAUAUGCAAAGGAGCCAAAGAAACGAUAUCUUCAAUAUUGAUUGCGUUAGCAAAAAUAAAUCGUUCGAUCCGUAGCAUGAUAUUGGAGCUUUGUAUCACAGAAUUGGAAGACACAGUUGCGAAUUCAAGCAACAGAAAUAAUGUGCCGCAGCCUGUUGUACAAGAAAGUCCACAUCCGUACAUUGACGGUACCACGUUGACCGGUAACGUGAAGAUUCCCGGUGCAGAAGCUCUUAGAGUUGAAUUUGAUCGGCGUUGUUCCACCGAGAGACGUCAUGAUCCUCUUACCAUUAUGGAUGGUAAUAAUCGAGUACUAGCUGUGAAGUCAGGUAGAGAAUGGAGCGAAUGGGCUGGCGAGAUUCGAAUUUCGGGCGACGAGCUUAGAUGGAGAUUUUCUUCGGAUGGAUCGGUGAAUGGUUGGGGAUGGCGAUUUACCGUGUAUCCUGUACUUGCAAGUCUUGCACCACAUGAACUAGUUUCAGAUAGAGCAGUCCUAUCCCAACCGGCUAUUGCGCUUGCUGAAUCUCUUCUGGACAAUAUUCUGAUCACCUUAGACAGAAGUGUCGCGACACGAUUAGCCGCUACCUUGGCUCAAUGCAGUCAGCUGAGCGUGUUAUCUGCUCAGCAACGAAUGUGGGCAUUGAAGAAAUUGCAAGUCGUCUACACCAGCGGUCCAGGUAUACGCCCAGAAGUCGCACUCUCUUCGCUUCUCGGCUCAUUACCUCAAGCGUUACUCAAACAGUAUACUUAUGAAGAUCCUUUAGUUCGCGGUGGGAAACAAUUGAUGCAUAGUGACUUCUUCAAAGUACUUGUCGCGCUUGCAUGUGACCUCGAAUUGGAUGGAAUGCAAUGCUGCUCGGAAAUUCAUAAAUGGUCUUGGUUUCGAAGGUACUGUCUUUCUGCUCGGGUUGCUAAGUCUCUUGUAAAUCGAACCCAGCUGCCAAAGCCGUUUUGUCUCGAAGUUACUAAACGGAUUAACGAGAUGAUUACGGAUGAAGAGGGAAACACAAAGGAUCAUGAAAAUCACGGGUUAUUCAAGCAGGAGCAUGACGAACAAUUAUUACAAUGGUUGAACCGUAGGCCAGAAGAUUGGACGUUAUCGUGGGACGGUUCUGGCGCAAUUUAUGGUUGGGGUCACAAUCAUCGCGGCCAAUUGGGUGGACUCGAAGGAGCAAAGGUGAAAUUACCUGUUCUCUGUGAGAGUUUAUCCGCUCUUCGACCUGUUCAACUUACUGGUGGAGAGCAAACUUUAUUCGCGGUCACUGCCGAUGGAAAAGUCUAUGCAACCGGUUAUGGCGCCGUUGGGCGUUUAGGAAUCGGAGGAACGGAUUCCGUUAUGGUACCGACUCUAUUGGAAUCAAUUCAGCAUGUGUUUGUUAAGAAAGUAGCUGUUAAUUCAGGAGGUAAACACUGUCUUGCUCUAAGUUCAGAAGGACAUGUCUACUCUUGGGGAGAAGGUGAUGAUGGAAAAUUAGGACAUGGAAAUAGAUUGUCGUACGAUCGACCGAAAUUGAUCGAAGAGUUGUUGGGUACAGAGAUUGCUGACAUAGCUUGCGGUGGUCAUCAUAGUGCAGCGAUUACAAGUGCCGGUUGGCUUUAUACUUGGGGAAAAGGUCGAUAUGGAAGACUAGGUCAUAGCGAUAGCGAAGAUCAAUUGAUGCCCAAAUUAGUCGAAGCUUUACAAGAUUACAAGGUUAUUGACGUAGCGUGUGGAAGCGGUGAUGCGCAAACCCUUUGCGUUACCGAUGAUGAUAAUGUUUGGAGUUGGGGUGAUGGAGAUUACGGAAAAUUAGGCAGGGGAGGUAGCGAUGGCUGUAAAAUUCCGAUGAAGAUCGAAUCUCUCGCAGGUCUUGGUGUCAUUAAAGUUGAAUGUGGCAGUCAGUUUUCCGUAGCUUUAACAAGAUCAGGAGCAAUAUAUACAUGGGGUAAAGGAGAUUACCAUCGUCUCGGUCAUGGUACAGAUGAUCAUGUGCGAAGACCGCGUAAGGUAGCAGCUCUUCAGGGAAAGAAAAUCAUUUCUAUAGCGACAGGUUCGUUGCAUUGUGUAGCUUGCACUGAUAAGGGAGAAGUUUUUACUUGGGGAGACAAUGAUGAAGGCCAGUUAGGUGAUGGAACAACAAACGCACUUCAGAGACCAAGAUUGGUUCAGGCGUUACAGGGUAAAAAGAUAACACGCGUUGCUUGUGGUAGCGCUCAUACUUUAGCAUGGAGUACCAUGAAAGCUACUCAAAGUAGAAUGCCUGCUACUACACCAAUGGAGUAUGAUUUGGUAAAGGAUCUUCCCUUUCCUGUGUUACAUAACCGACUUGUACUUCUUCAUCAUUUUGCCGAAUUACUUUGUCCAUGUUUGCCAAUGUUUCCAAUCAGCGGUUCCGUCAGCUUAAGUAAAUUGGCACCUAUGUUAGUAUACAGCAUCAAAGAAGCAACAUUUCGUAAAGUAGUUCAAGCAACGAUGGUCAGAGAUCGGCAACACGGUCCAGUAAUAGAGUUGAAUCGAAUACAAGUAAAACGAGCUAGAAGCAAGGGUGGAUUGGCUGGACCAGAUGGAAUUAAAUCUGUUUUCGGUCAAAUGGUUUCGAAGAUGUCUUUGUUAACACAAGAUGUUCUCUUCUUUCCUCAUAGGGUCUGGAAAGUAAAAUUUAUCGGAGAGAGUGUAGACGAUUGCGGUGGCGGAUAUAGCGAAAGUAUAGCAGAAAUGUGCGACGAAUUACAAAAUGGUUCUUUACCACUGCUUAUACCGACGCCAAAUGGUCGAGAUGAUAGCGGUACUAACAGAGAUUGUUUUCUUCUAAAUCCAACAGCCGAUUCGCUGUUACAUAUGAACAUGUUUCGAUUUCUUGGAAUUUUAAUGGGUAUAGCGAUAAGAACUGGUAGCCCAUUAAGUUUAAAUUUGGCAGAACCUGUAUGGAAACAGCUCGCAGGUACAUCAUUAACAUCUGCGGAUCUGACCGAAGUUGAUAGAGAUUAUGUCCCCGGAUUAUUAUGUAUUCGAGACAUGGAUCCUGACGAAAAGGUAUUUCAAACUCUUGAAAUGCCAUUUUCCACACCGUCAGCUGUAGGACAUGACAUACCCUUGUCCAGCAGAUAUCGUAAAAUUACACCAGAAAAUAAACAUGAAUAUGUCCAGUUAGCAUUGAAUUAUAGAUUACACGAGUUUGAUACUCAGAUAGCUGCUGUUCGAGAAGGCAUGUCGAAAGUUAUACCUGUACCCUUCCUUGCAUUAUUCAGUGGGCCUGAGCUAGAAACAAUGGUUUGUGGCAGUCCAGAUAUACCACUUACUUUAUUGAAAUCAGUUGCAACUUACAGAGGUAUCGAAGUGACUGCACCUCUGAUACAAUGGUUCUGGGAGGUAAUGGAAGAAUUUUCUAAUCAAGAGAGAUCCUUAUUUCUACGAUUCGUUUGGGGUAGGACUCGUUUACCACGCACUAUCGCCGACUUUCGAGGAAGAGAUUUUGUCUUACAAGUAAUGGACAAAUAUAACCCACCGGAUCAUUUUCUUCCUGAGAGUUAUACAUGCUUUUUCCUUUUAAAAAUGCCAAGAUAUUCGUGCAAACCAGUAUUACGACAAAAAUUAAAAUAUGCAAUACAUUUUUGUAAAAGUAUUGACACAGACGAAUAUGCUAGAGUACAAGCUGCAACUAAUUCAGACACCGAAGAAAUAGAUAGUCUCGCUAGUGAAGAGUAUAUAUCGCUUUAAUGAAGUUAAUUUUACAAUUUUUUUCCUUGCAAUUAACUGAAACCUCUUCAAUUCCUAAUCAACUCUCUCCUAAUCAACGAA